AUGGCCGCUGUGAGCAAGAAUAAUGCAGAAGAUACAAAGCAGGCUGCUUUGUCCCCUAGAAUCAAAGGCAGGGAGACCGCGAAGGAUACUCUCUGUCGCAAUGUCACAAUCUAUGGAAAAUGCCGCUAUGAAGACAAAGGGUGUGCCUUCAACCACACGAUAGAAAAGCCCUCCUCCGAUGCGGGACAGAUGGAUAGUCAAUCCAAAAAGGUGCUCAAUGUCGAUUCUCCCAGCUUUACCCCCUCUUUCCUGUCACCGAAUGGCGCCGCAACUGUGGUAGCGGCGGCGAAGAAACCAGCCGCUGGCAUUUCUCCCAAGGCAGCAAGCGCGGCUCCUUUUAUGCCAAAGGCCAUUAUUUCCAGGUCUUCCAAUGCAACUCCGCUUCGUCAAGAUGCCAGGACUCCCGACUGGGCCGUGGGGGACGUCCAGGAAUUCGUUCCAAGACGAGUCCAGGAUCCCUCGAUGACGAAUGAGAACGAAAUACCCGUCUCUCAUGCUUUUGACACGUUCCAAUCCGGCCAUGGUACAAAUCCCUACCUCGAUCAUAGCCUGAAUGGGGCCGCUUUCUUCCCGAGCGCCAGUGGCUUCCAGCAACCGGUCCAAUAUCAUCAAUACGCGCCGAUCGGGCACUAUAAUCCCAAUCUCGCCCAAUAUCAACGUACUGUCCAUGACCUAUUCAUUCCCAACGAUCUGCGAGAGGACAUUCAGAAGAAAUCCGCGGCUGCCCUGCAGACUCUACCCAAUUCACAGUUGCCCAGCCACAUCGAAUGCUACCACUCUUUGGUACCUCUCGACACGAAUCACAAGAACUCCAAUCUCUUGGGGGGCUACACCACGUGGGUCUACAAGGCUCAGUCAAGCGCCAACGGCCACUUCUUUGUCCUUCGGAGAGUUGAAGGCUUCCGCCUGACGAAUGAACAUGCCAUUCGCGCCGGUCAAGCAUGGAAAAACAUUGUUAACGCCAAUGUCGUCCGCAUAGUCGACGUCUUCACGAACCGCGGGUUUGGCGAUUCUUCCCUCUUCGUAGUCACUGAAUAUCACCCGCUUGCCAAAUCCCUCCUCGAACACCACCACCUCGGUGCCCACGCGUUCAAUGCACGCCCAUCUCGGUCCUCGCACGGUAAAGAUCAAAUCACCGAGACUGCACUGUGGGCGUACGUCGUCCAGAUUGCCUCGGCUUUGAAAGCUAUCCAUAGCUCAGGUCUGGCUGCACGAGUCCUGGAUCCAUCGAAGAUCCUAGUAACAGGGAAGAAUCGCGUCCGCCUCAAUGGAUGCGCAGUUUUAGACGUGGUUCAAUUCGAAGCUAACUCUCACACGCCUCUCGCUCAAGCUCAGCGUCAGGAUCUCGUUAAUUUCGCCUUAGUUAUUCUAGCAGUCGGAUCCGGGACGCUUGACGCAGGCCAGAAUUUCGCCCGCAGCAUGGACGCCUUCAAGCGUUUUUUCAAACCCGAACUACAAAACGCUGUUGUAUGGUUAUACUCCGCAAUGCAGAACCCAGAGAAGACGAUUGACGGCUUCGUCACGCUGAUCUCGAAUCAAAUGAUCACGGCCUUCAACGCAGCUUUGCAUACCGACGACGAACUUUCUUCUCAACUUGCGAGAGAAGUUGAGAAUGCACGCCUCUUUCGGCUGAUGGCCAAGUUGAACUUCAUCAAUGAAAGGCCCGAGUACAUGAAUGACCAGGCCUGGUCCGAAAACGGCGAGCGCUACUUCCUCAAGUUGUUCCGCGAUUAUGUCUUCCACCAGGUCGAUAAUCAAGGACGACCUGUGAUUGACUUGGGACAUACGAUAUUAACACUCAACAAGCUGGACGCAGGCACGGAGGAGAAAAUUAUGCUCGUCAGCAGAGAUGAACAGAGUGUGUUUGUGGUGACGUUUCGGGAACUAAAGAAGGGCGUCGAGAGCGCCUUUCAAGAAUUGGUUAGCAAGAGAGGCGGGUUGAUGAGAUAG